UUGAAAUCCGUCACGAUCGGUUCUAGUUCUAGGAAAAGUGAAAAGCUGAAGAGUCUCGGAAGAUAGAUGGAACGGAAGAUGGAAUCUUCCCUCCCUGUCGCGCUCUUGUUCUUGCUCAUCCUGCAGCUAUGCGUCCCCGGCACGCUAUCAUCACGGACCAACAAACAACUGAAGGACCAUCAGCUGAAGAAACCGUUGAACAUCAGGGCUCGUCGAUACUGCACCGGUGCCGAGUGCAUCAAGACCUGCCCCUUGGACUAUGAGCUGGACAAGGACAAGCAGUCAUGCCGUUACCAGAGAUCCGUAUGCCCAGCCAACUACGUUCAACGUCACGGAAGCUGCGUACUGUCGGAGAUUCAAUGCCCACCGGGAAGCGUCCGUCAGGGCAAUCGGUGCGUCGUUAAGACCAUGGAAUGCCCCAGCGGGUACACUAUGGAAGGAAACAACUGCAUCAACACACGAUACUGCCCGGAGGAUUACCACUGGGAAAAUGGGUUUUGCUAUCGACAGCAACGGCAGCAAAUUUGUCCCAAUGGGUACGAGAACCGCAACGGAGUAUGCAUUCAGAUUUGCGUCAACUGCGAUGCGGCAUGCUCGGAAUGCGACGAAGAGAGUGUUCCGCUGAAGUGCCCUGCAGGGUACGACAUGUACAGGGGCAGAUGCUUGAAAAUUGUCCAGGGUAGAGCGGAUAUCGAGUUGCGGAAUGUUACUUAUAGGGUACCGGUGGAAUGUGAAAAUGAUGGCAUCUACAACAACGGUUUGUGUAUGCUUAGAAAGUUUGAAAGCCCUAGAUGCGACAGUGGAAGCUUUUACUCGGGGACAUGCGUAGAGGUGGCUAGAUGUGCGCAAGGUGUAUUUACCAAUGACUGUGAAUGUCGUUCGGAGAGCAGUACUUCUGCAGUGUGUCGACAAGGGCAGCCUAGCCCCGACGGCUGUGUGAUCUCGAAAAGCCAGUGUCGCAAACCGGCUCAACUGGUGGGCGCAUUGUGCUCAGGGAGAUUGGAUUCUCAUCGGGCAUCCUGCGCUUCAGGUUCACCCCAUGAUCAUAUAUAUUGUACGUCAAAUGUACCGCGGUGUCCAUCAGGAUUUACACUAGAAGGUUCGUUCUGCGUGAGAAGCAUGUCGUAUCAGGUGGACUGUGGAAGACAUCAGUGGCACAAUGGGUGGUGCAGUAGUUUCGCCUCCUGUGAAGCGGGAUAUAAACUUCAAGAAAAUGGCGACUGUGUGCGAGAAAUGCGAGUGCACCAGGAGGUGUGUCCAUCCGGAACAUCAUUUGAUGGAGAGCAUUGUGUUAGCAAUACUCCACUCUGCGAACCAGAUCACGAGUAUGAUGAACGCUUCGGAAUUUGUGUGAAAUGUACGGAGCAAGCGGCUGUUUGUGACGGAGCCUCAGGAUACCAACUGAGUAAUGGAACCUGUGUUAAAUACACUCCGUUGUGUCAGUCUGGCUAUGUUUGGAAAGAUAAUCAUUGCUCUAGUAAGUCUCAGAGCUACGUACAAUGUGAAUCUGGAUAUGUUAUCGAUAACUAUUGUGUUCACAGUCAUCUGAACUGCCCUGACAACCAGGAGCUUAUAGAUGGCGUAUGUGUCCAUCAGGAACUUCCGAGCUGCCCAGAAGGAUCUGUUUAUCAAAAUGGACUAUGCGUAGCUGCUAAGCAGUGUCCUGAUGGCUACACAGUUGGGCAGCAAAGUUGUAUACAGGAAAUUAAAACUCCUUUUAACAAUUCCAUAAAACCUGAUUGUCGAUAUGGUUUCCAUCAUGAAAACGGAAACUGCGUCAAAACAAUUCUCAUAAAUGCGGUAAUUGACUCUCGACCAUUACAAUGUGCUAUCGGAUAUACUCUGAGAAAUGGAAAAUGUAUCAAAGAGUAUCGUGGAUUACUUGUUUGUCCACCGAAAACAAUUCAUAUGAAUCAUGAAAACAAAUGUUUCUGUAAAGUCGACCUCGUUUGCCCGAGUGGAUACGAAAGAAUGGGAGACGAAUGCGUUUUCAGAUCCCAGAGCUAUUACUCUCCGUAUCUCAACUUCCUUAACCCUUGCUACGGUGUGCAGUGCAGUUUACAGUACUGCCUCUCGCAAUGUUUUAGUCCGCCUUGUCCAGUACAACCCUGUUCAUAUGGAGUCCAGCACAUGGGUUCUAUUCACAGUGGUAAUAGCUAUCAAAACACAGAUAUUUGCGGUAUUGGGGAAAGUUGUGUAAACCAAGAAACCCUGGAAACUGUCGUCGGCCUGACCUGCCCUCCAGGGUACCAAAAAGAGAACAACACCUGCAUAGCGUAUUACAACCGCAUCUGCCAAACUGGUUAUAAGCUGAUCGACGACACCUGCUUGAAAAUUGAAGAAUCGAACGUUGUGUGCCCUUUAGGAUUCACUCUGUCCAACGGAACUUGCACACGUAUGCGCUGUGACGCCGGCUACUCACGAGAAGGAACUGUAUGUAAAAAAGUAGAAUACCACUCUCCGCUGCCCUGUCAGAAGAACUACAUCUUCGUUGAGGGCAUCUGCUUGCAUAGAAGUGAUUGCAAUGGCGGUUCCGUCGAAGGCGGCCAAUGUGUCAGACGAAGGUACGAAGCCUUCAGAUGUCCCCCGAAGUUCACACAACUGAACGAUUCUUGUGUGUUGUUGGCAACGUGUUCGGGCGAAAACAUGUUCUUCGCAGAAAAUGCCUGCCGAAGUUCAGAGCAAAUACAACUUAGAUGUCCACCGGAAACGAAAAGAGUCAAGAACAUGUGCGUCUACGAUAAGGGAGCCAUGUUUGAAAAGAUCACGUUACAUCCUCCGCAGUGUAACGGAAUAGUGAUGGAGCAGCUUCAGCAAUGCGCAUACAUCGAAACACCAUCUUGUGGUAAAGGGUACGUGUUAAAGAACGGACGAUGCGUGACUUGUUCCUCCAAAACACCUCAGUGUCCAACAGACAUGAUAAUCAUCAAGAGUAAAUGUAUUAAAUAUCACAAAUCCUGCAGAGAUGGUUGGUACCUUGACAAGGAUGGUCAGUGCGUGAUGGUGAAUAUACGUUCUGCAUCUUGUUCGCAGGGAAAACUGGCUUUCAAUAGAUGCAUUCAUGGAUUUCCUUCAUGCAAAGCUGGUUACACUAUUGAGGGUAACAGAUGCGUAUUUAAGGAGAUGAGUUUAGCUAGAUGUAACGAAGGAAUCCUACUUGGAGGCACUUGUGUCAGUCUGCAGUCAUGCAACAGCCAGGACUUUGUGAUGUCCAACGGAUGGUGCAUUCGAGACGAGUACUUUGAACCAACCUGCAAUAGCCGAACUGCACGGAAACGGGAUAAAUGCAUUAGUGGCCAUCUCAAGUGCCCUGAAAAUCACUACCAGUUCAAUGGAGAAUGUUUCUCGCACCAAAUACGCUCGGCGGAAUGCUCAAACAACGUCCAAUGCCUUGAAAACUUUUGUCCAAUCACCUAUCCUAGUUGCAGUAAUUCAUUCAACUUCGAUGGAUCCGUAUGUACCAAGGUUAUCUCUCAGACUCCAAAAUGCCCUGCCGGCACAGUUCCGGUCCGCAAUGAUCGUGACUACUGUCAGUAUUCAACAGAACAGGCGGACUUCUAUUGCCCUGAGGAAUAUAAUUACAAAAAUGGGAUUUGUCAAAAGCGGCAAUACGUCGAAGCUAGCUGUCCCAGUGGAUUCCGUAGAAAAAUGGAUUCAUGCGUACGCAAAACAUGCAAUAAUGCUGCCUUGACAAUCUACUGUGGAACCCAAGGUAUACCUUCUCCUUCACUAGGGGCUCCUCUCCAUGUUCCACAGUUCCCAAUGUCACGACCAGUCAACACAACAACUACAACAACUGUAUCGGCAAAUGAAGUCUGUUGUUACGUCCACUCGCCAAGAAUUUGCCAAUUUCAUGAAGGAACUGACGAAUGGAACUGCUUCCACACGGAAAAUCGACGAUGUGGCACCUUCUGUUCGCAUUCAAACCAGCGGCUCUACCUCCGCACCUCAGAGUCCUACUAUCUCAAUAACGUGCUGAUCCUACUACCACCGGAACAUAUCACAGAUACGAGAUUCGAGGACCUCGAUGAGAACGAUGACUACGUAUAUGAUACAACACCUAGUUGUGAUGGAUGUACGGAUCGCAGUUAUGACUGUGACAACUACUGUUACACCUACGACUGCCAGAAGGCUGGAAAUCAUUGCGAAUUCAGAGAUCAACGAGAGUUUUGCACAGCCUAUCCUGGACCUGGUUGCACUGCCAAAGACGGUUGCUACAGUCAUGAUUUCUGUACUAAGUAGGACUCAAUUAGGUAUAGUAGACAAUAUAUUAGAUUGGUGUAUAAGAAAACACGGUGUUAUAUAUUAUGUAAAAUAUAUCUUACGUAGAAAAAAUCCCUGGAGAGACAAAUUUCAGACGCUCUAACCAUCAAGUCCCAUAGAAUACUUACGAAAUCACCAAAUGUCACAUAAACAUUUAAAUUUAGGUAUAUACAUAUUGUAUUCUUCCAUAUUUGGCACGAUUAUUUCUAUAUUUACUUAGAUUCGUGUGGACGAUGGUUGGAUCUCUCAGCAGCUGAUGCAGUUCAUGGUUCAUUCGCCUUCUCCAAUUCCCGUCUUCCAUAUGCAUUUCGCCGUAGAUGGUACGCAGCGCCUUCCAUUCGAAAACUCCAAAGGCGCGUUGGUCCUCUGCACGUAGGGUUCAUGCUUCGUGCCCAAAGAGGACUACCGGUCUAAUCAGCUUUUCGUAGAUACCUAGAACUUCGUGUGACGGCGAACUUUGUUCGAUCGUAGAGUUCUGCGGAGUCCUGUCCAAAGUAAGCUCGAUUUCCAGCCACAAUGCGCCUCUGAAUUUCUCUGCUGGUGUCGUUGUCGGCGGUCACCAGUGAGCCCAAGUACAUGAAUUCUUCAACCGCCUCGAUUUCAUCACCGUUGAUAGAAAUUCGGAGUGCAGGGCGCGGUGAUUCUUCCCUGCGGCCAUUUGCCAUCAUGUACUUUGUCUUUGACACAUUAAUGACUAAUCCGAUUCGCCUGGCUUCAUUCUUUAGUCAGAUGUACGUUUCCGCCAUAGUCUCAAAUUUACGAGCAAUAAUAUCAAUAUCACCAGCAAGACCAAGCAGCUGAAUGGACUUCGUGAAAAUCGUUCCACUCGUGUUUAUUCCCGCUCUCCUAAUUACACCCUCUAAAGCAAUGUUGAACAGCAAGCACGAAAGACCAUCACCUUGCCGUAACCCUCUACGUAUGAGAUUCGAAGGGACUCGAGAGUGUCCCUGAUACUCGAACUACGCACAUCACUCGAUCCAUCGUCGCCUUGAUCAAUCGUAUCAGUUUAUCCGGGAAUCCGUUUUCGUGCAUAAUCUGCCAUAGCUGUUCUCGAUCGAUUGUAUCAUACGCCGAUUUUAAAUCGAUGAA